CCUAUUAUUCCUCAUUCUCCUUUCUCAUUUCUCAUUUCUUACACAAACAACGCCGAUUCAUUCUCAAAUCCCAAAUCUCACCAUGGUUUCACCACUUCGCCGAAGAAGAAUUCCAGCUCCCAAAAAACAAUCCACGACCUUCAACAACAACGACGACGACGUAGUUUGCCAGAAAUGCAACUCCGGCAAAUCCCCAACUAAGUUGCUUCUCUGCGACAAUUGCGACAACGGCUAUCAUCUCUUCUGCCUCACUCCUAUCCUCCCUUCCGUCCCUAAAUCCUCUUGGUUUUGCCCCUCCUGCUCUCACAAUCCCAAAAUCCCCAAAUCUUUUCCUCUUGUACAAACCAAAAUUAUUGAUUUCUUCAAAAUCCAACGAACUUCGGAUGCAUCUCAGAUUCUGAAUCAUGAUUCAAAGAAGAAGAGAAAGCGGAGUAGUAGCUUGGUUGUUUCAAAAAAGAAAAGAAAGUUGUUGGCAUUUGUGCCAAAUGAUGAUUUGAAGAGGAGAUUAGAACAGAUGGCGUCGUUGGCGACCGCGUUGACAGCUACUAAAACAGAGUUCAGUAAUGAGCUUACGUAUAUGCCUGGAAUGGCGCCAAGGGAUGCUAAUUCUCCUGUUCUUGAACGUGGGGGAAUGCAGGUCUUAUCAAAAGAAGACACCGAGACUCUUAACUUGUGCAGAAGUAUGAUGGAAAGAGGAGAAUGUCCGCCCCUCAUGGUUGUUUAUGAUCCUGUAGAAGGGUUCACUAUAGAAGCAGAUAAGUCCAUCAAAGAUUUGACAAUAAUAACAGAAUAUGUUGGAGAUGUAGACUUUUUGAAGAAUAGGGAACAUGAUGAUGGAGAUAGCAUUAUGACACUUCUUUCUGCUUCUAAUCCUUCACAGUCACUGGUCAUCUGCCCAGAUAAACGUAGCAAUAUAGCACGUUUCAUUAACGGCAUCAACAAUCACACUCCUGAAGGAAAAAAGAAGCAGAACUUGAAAUGCGUGAGAUAUAACGUCGAUGGUGAAUGUCGGGUUCUUUUAAUUGCAAAUAGAGAUAUAGCAAAGGGGGAAAGGUUGUAUUAUGACUACAAUGGAUUAGAACAUGAAUAUCCAACUGAACAUUUUGUCUAAUUGUGUAGCCUGUCAAUAAUCUACAACUUAUUGUAAUAAGGAAAUGAUAUCUUAACAGGAAAUUGUUAACUUGUGAUUUUUUUCAUCUCUAAAUCUAUUAGUUGAUUCAACUUGUAUCUCUGGCAUUGAUAGCUUCAAAGAACUGAAACUAUAAGAUUGUUGUUUUGUCCA